UCUAUAAAAUGGCUGACAUCUAAAUUCACAGUGGAUUUCUUUGUUUUCAUUACGAUUUUUCCUUAGUUAAAUAUAAAAAAACUUGGCCUUUUUCCGAAUUGCCGCAAGCGAUGUCAUCGACAGCCAGAAAAAAGUGACCUUAGUGCCCUUAAGUGCAUUGUAGCGUGCCGCCAGUGAAUUGUGAAUUUUUCCAUUUAGGUUGACACUGAAAUCUGUCAAUCUUUUACAAGCAGAUUCUCAUUUAUUUCUACAUUUUUUGAGGUAGUUACCAAAAAACUCUAUUACCCCUAAAUGACAAAAUGAAACGCUCUAUUAUGGGCAGUGCAAUGUAAACAUAUCUGUGGCCAAGCAUGGGCCAAGCGCCUAGGCCAAUUAGGAUGAAUCCCAAUGCUCCAGCCCGGUCUCCGGGCUACCACCAAAAGGCCAUGGAAGAGAUUCAGAAUUCUCUAAGACCUUUUGCCAAAAGUGGCAGCGAAGCUCUUGGUUCGAGUGCCGCCAGUACCAUUUCCAACUUUUCAGCAACAAGUGGUAUCAGCUCUCUUAGUUCAGCUUCUGGAUCCAACAUGGGAGAGAAGGAUCUCUUUCAGAUGAGACAAACACAGACCCAACUGCUAAACAUGGGAUAUUCUGAGGACGUAUCCAUGCGAGCCGCCCAACUGUCGAACGGGCGACUCGACGUCGCUCUCGACUACAUCCUGAAACAGUUUCCGGAUUCGUCUUCAUCAAAACCGUCGUCCGGUUACACGAAACUGAUCCGUAAGCCUAGCAUCGAACGAGAACUGGUACUACCUCGUGGCAGUCCCGCCUUGGACUCGGGGGCGGGUAGUUCCCGCUCGGACAGCCCUCGUCUGGCCGAUCUGCACGGAUCGCGGUACUCGCCCAACUUUACGGAACCGCCUCCCCCACCACCUCCGCGGAAUACUCCCCCUCCUCCGCCGCCCCACAUGCCGCCGGUGUACCAGCAACCGCCGCCCGUUCCGAGUAACGUGCAGCAAAUGUUUAAGAGGAUGUCGCCAGCGCCGCCCGUGGUGCCGGCCCGAACCUCCGCCGCUGUGCCCGCUUACAAUGCAUCGGCGCUGCAGCAGAGAGGCACGAGUCCUGUAAGCGGGGCGGUUGUGGGGACGACAAGCGGCCGACAACCGAUGGUGGUGCAGAACGGGCCCCAGGUCCAGCAGCAACUGACGCAGCAGAUGCAGGCGCUGAGCCUGUAUCAGAGCGGGACGGGGGCCGCGUCCGAACCGCCUCCUCCCUACCCGUUAAUGAGCGCGAAUCCAGGCAACCCUCCUCCCCCCAGCUACUCCGCCUCCAUACAAAACCGGCAAAGCCCCACCCAGGAUUUCCGGAAGAGUCCAUCGUCGGGCAUAUAUUCCGGCUCGACGUCUGCUGGCUCGCCCAGUCCCGUGCCAGUGUCUACGACCACGCCCACGGCGAUGGCGCGACCUACGCCACUGCAGGCGUGGGGCGCGCGGCAGACCGUGUCCCAGCCGCCAAUUAUAAUGCAGUCUGUGAAGAGUACGCAAGUGCAGAAGCCGAUCCUGCAGACGGCGACGGCACCGCCCGUGCCGGCGUCGCCGACGAGCGCUUCCGCCCCGCCCACCUCAGCGCCGCCUCCUUCCUACACUGUAUCGAUACAGCAAAAGGCCUAUACGAACGGAGGCAUCAACAAACCGGCCGCGCCUCUCCCCAACGGCGGACAGGUGACGGUGCCGACGACGGAACCGCCCAGCUACGCGAGCACCAUGCAGGCCAAGGCCAAAGCCCAAAGGGGUCAGUCGGCGCGGUUGCUCGAUUCCCCGCGAUUUUCUCACGGACGAGAUUUUUCCGCAGCUCAUCCGCCCCUGCCUCCGCCGCCCUAUUCCGACGAGAGGGAGAACUACGCGCAGGUGUUCACGGUCGAGAGUUCGGUGUCACCGAGGGCGUCUCCCCACGUGCAUCAACCGCUCCAGAGAAAGUAUUCGCCCGCGGUCGCCGGAGGGGGCGGGGCCGGCGGUAACGAGUGUUGCCGCGCGGACAGUCCGCAGUCGACGAGCUCGAGCGACAGCCGAAACUUGUACCCCGACAAUGGUGCCCCGCCUUUACCUCCCACAGCGUCUUCUUCGGUGAAGAACAGCUGUGGGAACAAUAACAACCACGCGUCGCAGGUGAACGGAGAAGGCGGUAAGACCGACUCCCCGCCUCAAUUACCGCCUUACGCGAAGAUCAAGCACCAGUCGCCCAUACCGGAACGCAAGAAAAUCAGUAAGGAGAAGGAGGAGGAGCGGAGGGACGGCAAGGUGAAGAACUACUCGCCGCAGGCGUUCAAGUUUUUCAUGGAGCAACACAUCGAGAACGUCAUCAAGAGCUACAGGCAGCGGAUGUACCGGAGGAUACAGCUCGAGAAGGAGAUGGUGAAAAUAGGUCUCAGUCCAGAUGCACAGCAGCAGAUGCGCAAGAUGUUGUCGCAGAAGGAGUCGAACUAUAUCCGCCUGAAGCGCGCCAAGAUGGACAAGAGCAUGUUCGUGACGAUCAAGCCGAUAGGAGUGGGCGCUUUCGGGGAGGUCACUCUUGUGCGGAAGAUCGACACCAACCACCUGUAUGCCAUGAAGACGUUACGCAAGGCGGAUGUCUUGAAAAGGAACCAGGUGGCGCACGUGAAGGCGGAACGAGACAUUCUGGCGGAGGCGGACAACGAGUGGGUGGUGAAACUGUACUACUCGUUUCAGGACAGCGAUAUCCUUUACUUCGUCAUGGACUACAUACCGGGCGGCGACCUGAUGUCGUUGCUGAUAAAGCUCGGCAUAUUCGAGGAGAGUCUGGCGAGAUUCUAUAUAGCGGAACUGACGUGCGCGGUGGAGAGCGUCCAUAACAUGGGCUUCAUUCACCGCGACAUCAAGCCUGACAACAUACUCAUCGACAAGGACGGCCACAUAAAGUUGACCGACUUCGGUCUGUGCACCGGGUUCCGUUGGACGCACAACUCCAAAUAUUACCAGCCCAAUGAGCACAACAGGCAAGAUUCUAUGGACCCCAUAGACGACUGGAGCGAGGAGUGCAAGUGUAAAGCGCUGAAACCGUUGGAGAGGCGACGGAAACGCGAGCACCGCUGUCUCGCGCACUCGCUGGUCGGCACGCCCAACUACAUCGCGCCCGAGGUGCUGCAACGCACCGGCUACACGCACGUGUGCGAUUGGUGGAGCGUGGGCGUGAUCCUCUACGAGAUGCUCGUCGGCCAGCCCCCCUUUCUCGCGAACACCCCCGCCGAGACGCAGUACAAGGUGAUCAACUGGGAGACGACGUUGCGGAUACCGAAAGAGGCCAACCUGUCCAAGGACGCGACCGACCUCGUCCUUAAACUGUGCUGCAGCGCGGACAAGCGACUCGGCAAGAACGCGAGCGAGGUGAAAGGUCAUCCGUUUUUCAAGGACAUCGAUUUCGAGAAGGGGCUGCGCAGGCAGCCGGCGCCUCACAAGCCACGCAUCGAAUACCCGACCGACACGUCCAACUUUGACCCGAUCGAUCCCGAUCGCCUCCGCAACAGUACAUCGAUCGACUCGUCCAAUUCGGAAGACCUGUCGGACAAUUCGAAGCUCUUUCACGGCUUCUUCGAGUUCACCUUCAGGCGAUUUUUUGACGACGGCGGCGUGACGGCCUUUAACAAGAUCAACCUGGACGACAACGAUAACCAGGGCGGCCCCGUCUACGUGUGAUGGCACGCCGCCGACGGUGAAGAGAUCUCCGGGUUGGAAGCCCGGACCGUCGGUCUAGUUCCGGAGGAACGUCGGAACGCUUCGUCCUUCAUCGGGCUGCGUCGAUCCCGACCACGAUGGUCAGUAUUAAGCUUGCCCGUUUUUUAUCCCAGUCCGCUGUGGGCGUGGUCGUUGACUGCGCACGACGCCUAUAUCCGUUUUGGAAACGUUUCGGGGAGCAGAAAUCUUUGGAAAUUGAUCUUAUCUUUUUUAAUUUAUUUCGAAAUGGUCGACGACAAUCGGCGGCCAAAAGUUUGGACGGAGCAGUAAACGCGUCAAUUCAGUCCGAUGAUUAAGGUAGAAACUAAAUUAUGGUGCUAAUCUAAAAUUAAUAUAUUGUAUCUAUGGAUAAAUGUGAUAAAUAUGAACGUCUUCCACAUGUUACUGCCUUGCCGUUCGCGUUAUGGGGGGCGGUCACUUUUAAAGUGGCCCGCGGUUGAAAUAUUUUGGGGUACCAGUCAAUAGGA